AUGUUUCUUAUCUGCGCGCUUCUACCGCUCGGUUGGAGUUCGGAAGAAACCGGCAAAACAGCCGAUGAUGAAUUGGUAGAAAACCUCGCGCUUUUCUCAGAAAUCCUUGCUUACGUCAAACAGUCGCAUCUUGAUACGCCGGAUACUAAGGAACUUACAGACGGUGCCAUCAAUGGCAUGCUUCGCAAAUUGGACCCAUACAGUCAAUACAUUCCAGACUACGGUGACUUUCGAACCCAAAACCGUGGCAACUACGGUGGACUCGGAAUGCUGAUCGGGAUUAAGGAGGAUAUGUUGACUGUGGUUACGCCUUUUAAGGGGAGUCCGGCUUCGUUGGCUGGUUUGGAAAGCGGAGAUGUUAUUAGCCAUAUUGAAGGUGACUCGACGGCUGUAAUGACCUUGAACGAAGCGGUUGACCUGUUGCGUGGUGAGCCGGGAACCCCAGUUUCCAUUAUGGUCGUGCGUGAGAACGAUAACCGUCCGGUUGGGGUUACUGUCACGCGUGAAGUCAUUCGAAUUCCGAGCGUCGAGCAGGAUAUUAUUGGAGAUAAUAUCGGCUAUAUCAAAAUCAAUCAAUUUCUUGAAACGACAGCGAACGACGUAGAUAACGCCUUUGUGGAUUUCAAGGCGCAGAAUGUCCGUGGUGUCAUUCUCGACCUCCGCUUAAAUCCUGGAGGACUCCUCUCUUCAGCCGUUGAUAUCGCCAGCGACUUCCUCACACCCGGUCAACUUGUUGUUUACAGUAAAGGCAUUGAGGCGCGUGAGGACUUCAAAGCGAAAGGGGAAAAAAGGGAGUACUUUCCCGUGAUUGUCCUCGUUGAUGGUGGGAGCGCGAGUGCUUCUGAGAUCGUCGCUGGAGCUAUCAAAGAUCACGGACGGGGACUUGUCAUGGGCAGCAAGACCUUCGGGAAAGCAUCCGUUCAACGUGUAUUUCCGCUUAGCAAUUCAAAAUCUGCUGUGAAAUUAACCGUCGCGCGUUACUUUACACCGAACGGGAUCGACAUUGACAAGAUCGGCAUUAUCCCGGAUGUUGAGUCCGCAUGGUUUAGUCGCUCUGAACGGCAGAUGCAGUUGAAACUCCGCGAUCACGAGAAACUCAAGACCUUCAUAGAAGAGAAUGGCGACGAUGUGUUGGCACAACUCGCGACCGCUGAACAUGCUUCGCGCGAUGAUCGCCGCGCCGCAAAACUCCUGCGGAGUUACCAGCGCUUAAGCGAUGUGCUGACCGAAGAGCAGAUUGUUCUCAGCGAUAUCGGUGUUAAAUACGCGCUUGCCCAGAUUACAGAAGACACCCGUGAUGAACUGGAGCACGAUCCACAAGUUGUCGCCGCUAUGGAACAAUUGAAGGUGCUUGAACUCUUCGCAGCGCAGAACUAA